AUGCCCAGCAACAAGUCCGUGGCGGGUGUCACGUGCCUGGCGCAGACCAAUCUGAGCGUCCGCCGGGAAGCAGGUGGUCCGGCCGUGGGCCCGCAUCGGCUGCCGCGAUUAGGCGGCGCGGGAGGGAGAGCGCGCAGCUGCGGGCGCCCCGCGGUGCGCACCUGGCGGGACGCCCGGGAUGUGCCCGCGCAUGGGGGGCCUGGACGUUUGCAGCCUCCCGGGCCUGGCGCGGGGACAGGCGCUGGGAGAACGGGCUCCCCGGAUGCAGAGGGGUGUGAGACAAGGGGCCGCCACCUGGGUGGGCCAACGCCGUUGCCAAACAGCGGCCCCCACCGUGCCUCCCUCCCUGGAAGCCUGCUGGGCGGCAGAAACAGUGGAGUUGGCCAAACAGGUUUGGGUUCUCUGCCACGUGGUAUGGAUGACCACGAGCGAACUUUUUGA